UCGUCACACAGCACGUUCGCCGCCGCCGCCGCGCUUCCUUCCCACUCAACUUCUCUCCCGCUCUAGCAAGAAGAGAGGGAGGAGAGGGAGAGGAAGUGGAAGAAGCCAUUCUCUUUAAUCCUUUCAUCCCUUGAUCACACUCUUCCCGAUUCUGCUUCAAAAAGAGCACCUGAAAAAUUCGUUUUUUCACUAAGCCAUGGCAGUGACCACAGCGCGGUUUGGUAGCCGAACCUGUUGCCCAGGAGUUAAGAGGGAUUUAUCGACUUCUUUCGCUUUGUCGGCGAGCUUGCGCAGUAAGGUUGAAUUUGAGCUGUAUUCGACGUUUAACGAUGAAAGGAGCUUUGGAAAGAGGAGAACUUUGAAAGUGAGUUGCGAGAAAAGGGCUUCUGCCAUUGUGGAAAAAGAUGCCUCCUUGAGUGAACUUGCUGUUGGAAAUGCCGCACAGCUCAGCGUCGUGAUGAAGUUUGGUGGGUCGUCGGUGGCUUCUUCUGAGAGGAUGAAAGAAAUUGCUGGUCUCAUUCUCAGCUUUCCGGAGGAACGGCCGGUGAUUGUCCUAUCCGCCAUGGGCAAGACAACAAACAAUCUUCUUCUGGCUGGAGAAAAAGCAGUCUGCUGUGGUGUUUCUAAAGUGUCUGAGUUGCGUGAAUUUCUUCACGUGCAAGAGUUGCAUCUCAAAACAGUUGAUGAACUUGGACUUGAUAAAUCGGUUAUUUCUGGUUUUUUGAUUCAGCUAGAGCAACUUUUGAAAGGCAUUGCCAUCAUGAAAGAGUUAACACCUCGUACACGCGAUUAUCUAGUUUCUUUUGGUGAAUGUAUGUCUACACGGAUUUUUGCUGCAUAUUUGAACAAAAUGGGUAUCAAAGCACGACAGUACGAUGCAUUCGACAUUGGCUUUAUUACGACAGAUGAUUUUACCAAUGCGGAUAUUUUGGAAGCAACUUAUCCAGCUGUUGCAAAGAGAUUACAUGGGGAUUGGGCCAUCGACCCUUCAAUUCCCAUUGUCACUGGCUUUCUUGGAAAGGGGUGGAAAUCUGGUGCGGUCACUACCUUAGGCAGGGGUGGAAGUGACUUGACUGCAACAACAAUAGGUAAAGCAUUGGGCUUACGCGAAAUCCAGGUUUGGAAAGAUGUUGAUGGUGUAUUGACAUGCGAUCCUAAUAUAUGUCCAAAUGCGAAGCCUGUUCCUCAUUUGACAUUUGAAGAGGCAGCUGAGCUUGCUUAUUUUGGAGCACAGGUGUUGCAUCCCCAGUCAAUGCGGCCUGCCAGAGAAGGUGAUAUACCUGUUAGGGUCAAGAAUUCCUACAAUUCUCAAGCUCCUGGAACUGUCAUCACUAAAGCGAGAGACAUGAGCAAGGCUGUAUUGACGAGCAUUGUUUUGAAGUCAAACGUUACCAUGUUGGAUAUUGUCAGCACUCAAAUGCUUGGACAGUACGGUUUUCUAGCAAAGGUUUUCUCUAUAUUUGAAGACUUGGAAAUCUCUGUCGACUGUGUGGCCACGAGCGAAGUCAGUAUAUCGUUAACGUUAGAUCCUUCGAAAUUAUGGAGUAGAGAACUAAUUCAACAGGAGCUUGAUCAUGUGAUCGAAGAGCUGGAGAAGAUUGCUGUGGUUCAUCUCCUUCAACACAGAUCAAUAAUCUCUCUUAUUGGGAACGUGCAGAGAUCUUCCUUAGUACUAGAGAAGGCGUUCAAUGUUCUUCGCAAGAACGGAAUCAACGUUCAAAUGAUCUCUCAGGGAGCAUCGAAGGUGAACAUUUCUUUGGUCGUUCAUGACAAUGAGGCAAAGCAGUGUACCGAAGCUUUGCAUUUGGCAUUUUUCGAGAAUGGAUUUUUAUCGCAAGUAGAGGAAGCAGAUUCAUGUCCUAAUGGUUCUUCAAGUGUAAACUGAUUUACAACAUUUCUCAGCUUUUUCUUCUUGUUUGAUGUCGGUUCGAAUGUUAUAAUCUAUUGUUGCAAUGACUUAUGGUUGCAAUAACAAUUGAAGUAGGUGAUCGAUUUUCUAA